UUUACGUUCUGUCGCGUUGUCUUCCCCACAUAUGCAUCAAAGGACAGUGGCAAAUUUUAAAUGCAUUCACGCUACGUUACGUGAAGGUGCGGACUGUGACGGGACAAGUGAUGCAGUUGUCUAAUAGGGGCAAUGUAUUGCACAUGCGUAAAACGUUAUACGUUUUGCUUGUAAAAGUAAGUGUACGACACGUGCAGGCGUUGAUAAUAACGCAAGUGUACGGCGAUAAUCAUUCGGUAAGAUAACAAUAACUUCUCGCAGUGUUUGCUAUAAAUCUGACAGGUGUAGGAAAGAAAUCGGCUCAGUCCAGACUCAUAUGAGAUGCUAGAUGGCUUGUAGAUGGGUGACCUCUUUACGAGCAGCGUUUUCUCUAUUAGUUGUAAUAUCUGCUGUGUUGCUUCUACUUACAUUUCUGAAUACAGAGAGUAAUACACAUACAAAAUGGCGUGGAGACAGGUUGACAAAGACAGCUUGGCAAGAUUCACUGUUGCCAGACAAGUUGGUCGUCAAUAGUCAAGCAAGUAGUCAAGGUCAUCAGAUUGUGAAGAGUACUAACUCAGUGUUUUACAAUCAGACACGCGUCACAAGCGCAUGUGGUGAUGUUGCUUUGCCAUUACUACCUCUUCCAAAAAGCUUUCCGUUAGCUUGUGAGACCAACGAUGAGUUUUACUCCUCGCCUCUCUUUUGUUACUCAAAGAAGAAACACAAGAUGCUAGUUCUUAUUCUUUCAUAUGUUGGUAACUUCAAACUGAGGCAUGAGAUUCGGACAGGAUGGAUGAGAUCACGUUUCCACAUGACAGAUGAUUUCAUUAGGGAUCAUCAUUGGGCAUAUACUUUUGUUGUCGGUCACUCUAAAGACAACAAAGUUGCUGAGAAUGACAGGUUGAUUGGCAUCGAGAAAUGUCAUUACAAGGAUAUCCUUCAAGUUGAUGUGAUGGAGGACUACUAUAACCUGACUUGGAAGAAGAUGGAUGCUCUAGAGUACUUUAUCAAGUCUGACUUAGAUUUUGAGGUUUUGUUGAAGACAGACGAUGAUGCUUUUGUCAACAUCCAACUGGCAUAUGAGUGGUUACAUGAUGCUAUGUCGCAGGCUAGUAAGAAACUGAAUUCUCAUGGGAUAUUUUAUGGUGGAUACUGUAGGACUAAUGCUUCACCUAAUCGUAGCCCAGGCAGCAAGUGGUAUUUGUCGGAGCAAGAUUAUCCUGCUCGAACGUUUCCUCCAUUGUGUUUUGGCACUGCAUAUUUUAUAUCAAAGGAUCUGAUUAAAGCCAUGUUGAAAUUGCCCAGUUUAAAGAAAUCAUUUAGAUUGGAAGAUGUACAUUCUGCAAUGCUAGUAAAUAAGACUGGAUUAGUUAGAAAUGAUGCUGUAAUGUCUACCAAUAGGAUUCAUACUUACAAUACUGGCCACUGUGGAAGUCGCAACAGGCAGUACCCCAUUGCUGUCAUGGCUAUGACUUCUAGAGACAGACAGAACAUAUGGAACGGUUUUAUGAAGAAGGCUCCAUGUUGAGUAGCAUGUUGAUGUUAUACUACCAUUUUUGAGACAUUCACAGCAGUUAUGUGAGUCAGUGUUUUGGUAGUAUUACGAAUGUGCUAUUUUUAUGUGUACUCAAUUGAUUUUAUUUAAUUUAAAAAGAACACUAGACGUUGUAGGUAUUGAUUUGGCUACACUUGUUUGAAUCGUGUGCUUGACUGAAUGCUAUGAUUAUUAUUAUUA